CACACGCGCGCCUGCACGCACGAAUUGUCGCUUUAUUUCUUAUCAAAUAUAUGUUAGGCUAUAGGAAGUAAGAUAAAAAUACCACUUCCUUUGGCUUAUUUAGAUAUGGUUUGAAGGAUAGUUCCUUGACUUAGUGCUCGUAAAUUCAAGUAUAAUAUCAACUGUAACAUCACUGUGUAAAUAUCUAUUAGAAAUAGGGUUUCUCUAUAAUUGUUAAAACAGUGUGGUGUAUUUGUGAACUAGUAAUUAAAUUUUUUAAUUCAUAAAGAAUUGCAUAAAAAAAAACUUCAAGAAAUACAUGUUCAUAAUUGAAUGAAACAUAAUGACUAACAAACUUGCUUUUAAACAUAAAAAUUCAUUGGCUUUAAAUGAAAAAAAAAUUAUAUCACAAGAAAAUGGAUCAAAAAGUUCUCAUUUAUGUUUUAAGCCAUUUGGAGUAUCAACUUUUUUAAUUAUUACAUGUUGCACUUUUGUGGGAUUUUGGUUUAUCAUAUGCCCAUUGACAUGGGCACUAUGUUACUCAUCUUUCAUUGCUCGCGGUUGGCCUACAUUCUGGCCCAUUAUAUUUUGGAUAGUAGCAUUAAUAAUUUGGAUUUUUAUUAUGAUAUUUUUAAUAAGUAUUUGGAAAUAUAUAAAAGGUAAACAGAAUGUUAAUAUAAAAAAAAGAUCAUAUGGAUCAGACAGCACAAAUCCUUAUCCUUCAGAUUCAUUAGGAGAAAAUAUUCAAUCAGUGAUAGCUAAGGAUAAAAGCAAUGAUAAAACAGUAAUGGAUUUUGAUUUAUCAUCAAAAGAUUAUGAUAAGAAAAGUAUCAAUAAUUCCAAAGCAAUUGGCGAUGCAAUCCAAAAAGAUUCAAAAAGAAAAAAUGUUCUUCCACCUUUAGCAAUCCAUAGAAAAUUGUCAAAAAACAGCAUUGAAAAUGUUAAUGUAGUAACUACAGAAAAAUUGCAAGAAAAAGAUGAUGAUAAAGAAUUACAAAUAGAGGAUAUACAAGAGACUAAUGUUAAUAGAAAUUCUAUAAAGGAUUAUUUAAAAUUAGUAACGGUCACUCCAUCAGAAGAAGAUAAAAAUAUUAUAUCACCAAAGACACCGAUGUCUCCAAGAGAUUUAUUUUUUAUUGAUAUGAUAAGAGAGGCAGAAAAAGCAGAGAAAAAUAAAGAAAAUAGACAAGAAGAUUUCAGCAAGAGACAUUCACGGUUUUUUCCAGAAAAUACAAUAGCAUCAAUGAUAGAUUCUAUUGAUAGAAAAAAUAAUUCUGCUGAUAAAAAUAGUAAAAAAGAUGAUUUUGAUAAAGAUAAUAAAGGCGAUGAAAAAGUUGAGAGAGAAUUGAAUUACUUUAUUGCAGACGUAGAAAGUCCGAAAAACGAGAAAACUGAAGUAUUUAUAGAAAUUAAUAAAACUUUAGAACCUGAUUGCAAAAAAGAAUCUGUAGAUUUUUGUAUAGUUAAAAUGAAUGAAAACAAUCCAAUACCUAUAACUGAAAUUAAAUCUCCAGAGGAAGAUGGUUUAAAAAAAAAAUAGAGAUAUAUAAAAUGUAGACUUAUUUAUUUGUAGAUUUUUAUUUUUAGUUUUAUAAUUGAGAUUAAAUUUAUUCUAAUUAU